AACUUGCAAGUUGCAACACUGUGAAACCCCAUAUCUCUGAACAAAGACGCGUCUCUCUCUCAUGUUCAAGUAAGGAGAGCAGUGAAAGCAGGCUUCUUUUCUAUGGCAGUGAAUACGUCUCCUGCUUAGAAUUAGAAAAUGAGUACAUAAAUUGCUACAUGUAGGACAUGAAUAUAAGGUGUUGGCCUGUAUGUUCAGUGCACGGUUGGACAGUGGUAUAAAGCAUUCAGACAGAGAGAAGCAAGUGUUCAGAAAUUUCAUGAGAGAGAAUGCAUAGAGAGCAGACAAACGGUUUCAUCAUUCUCUGCAUCUUUGCUGGCUUUGCCUAUGCAAGUGGUGCAGGACCACUCAUUGUGGACCCAACACGGCAUGCUCCCUGCCACGGAAAUCUGUCACUCUCCUGCUCCCUCUCCACUCCUGAGCCCCCCACCUACAUCUACAUGUCAUGGGUGAUAGACACGCAGCCCUUGUGUAAGGUAACAGAUGGAGUCGUGGAGGUCUUAGCCAGUGACAUUGAUUGUCAUUAUGACAGUCAGCUGCUAAGGCUAACAGCCACAGUGCUUCAGCAGGGACCACUGAGCCAGGGAGAGUACACCUGCAAAAUGCGCUCUAACCUGGGCGCUAACUACAACAAUACAACUGUGACUCCUCCAGCAUGUACAGGGUCGUUUCAGCACACUAGCCUGGAGCAACCAGCAAGAGAGGGGUGUCUGUUUUACGACGUCUACCCGGAUUCCCGGGUUUACUGGUUCAGCAACAAAGACAACACCAACCUCACAGCCUCCUCCAUAGACAACAGGAGUGUGCGAGGGGACAACGGAUUGUACAACAUCAGCAGUGAGCUUCCCAGGGAGGGUAUCCCAGGUGAUGUGAGAUGCUCCCUGGGCUACCACAACUCUAGUCAUCUCAUCCAGGCCAGGAUACAACCAAUGACAUUUAAUCAUCUGGAGUCAUUGAAACCCACCGAGAGCAUUACAGGCAGUCCCAUUACAGGCUCUGGUGUGUGUCCAGGGCUCCACCGGGCUUUCCUGUGGGCAGGACUUGCACUUUGUCUGUGGCAGUAGGCUAACUCAGGUGACCGUUGCACACCAAAGAAGACGAUCUGAUCAGAGGUAUGAACUGAAGAUCACAGAGCAAGAUGAAUUGGUCAAAGAGAAGAGAUGUGUAAAGUGCAUUUAAGGACAAUUGUAAAAAGGUGUAAAGUUACAGAUGUUGAUGACAGCAAGUUGAUACAAAAAAGUAGU